AUGGGAUUGUUCAAUGAAAUCCGUAGAAAAGUGGUUAAUGAAGAGGGUAUGUGUUUAGUUGAUGCUAAGGGUAAUACUAAAGCGCUAUUUCUAGCCAAUAAGUCUGGUAAAGGUGCUCAGAGUUUUACCUCAGAGUAUGAGAUAAUGCGAGGAGAUCUUGUCAGAAUACUCUAUGACGCAACCAAGGAUAACGUGGAGUAUAUUUACAACAUGACGAUUGAACGCUUUGAACAAGAUGAGGAUUAUGUGACAGCUUACUUCUCGGACGGCCAGACAGGUAAAUAUGAUAUUCUAGUUGGAGCUGAUGGUCAAUGUUCUCGUAUUAGACAGGCCAUUCAGCCUCCUGACGCUCCGGAUCCUAUCAAGCGAUUUGGGGUGUAA